AUGCAGGCUCUCCGUGUUGACCAGUCUAGACAGCGCUUCUUGUCCGGUCUAGGAACCCUGGGAACUGCCUACCGCAGAGCUUUUAAAGCAGAGAAAUCCGAGAUCAAGAUGAAAAUCUUUUGCAAUACCCCAGGAGCCGUAGCAGUGAUCCUGUCUGCUCUCGUCGCCAAGGUCAUUGGCCUCGAUGACCCCAUCGAAGGCUACGCGGCCUUCACCCCCGAAUGGGAGGUUGAGGUCUCGCCCAGCGGUCGCAUGAUGCGCUUGAACGGCACCAUUGAGGAGAUUUACCGGGAGCUCCUGCUCAUCAACCCAAAGUACGAGGAGGAGUUCGUCAUCGCUCCAGAGCCAAAGAAGGAGCCGCCGCCGUCGGCCAAGCUUUCCGCCAACUCGUCGUCGCUUCAGGGGACGGACUGGAACCUCGGCACCAGUAUUUGCGGCGGCCGAUGGCAGGCCGCCUCCGUCCGGCGCAUCAAAGAGGGCAUUGAGCACCUCAGGAGGGUUCGAGGACGGCCGGGGAGCGAGCCCGGUCCUUCACGGUGCGGCCGCGUGAGCUGCUCCUACAACUCUGCCAUUUGGUGGUGCAACGACCUUGCGGCCAUGAUCAGUGCUGAUGGAGCAAACGUUGCGAAUAUCCAGGACGGAAGACCCAAGAAGCUCAGCUCGUUUUCGGACAUUGCAAACGGCGCGCAACUCCUCGUCACGAGAUGCGUCGAGUGGAUGAACCCGGAGCCAAGAGACAUCGGCGGCCAGGCCUUUCACCCGAGCAAGUGGAAUGUCAUUGUCCGCAGAGACCGGUGUUGA